UUUUAUUUAGAGGCAAAUAAGGUGACUUUCAAUUUACCGUAGAAGGCACCUUGUUCCCAUAUUUCAACAUCAUUCUCCUUGAAGAGACCAACUCCUCAUCUGUCUUGUUCCCAGCAGAGUUUUGUGAAGUUUCCUUUGUUUUCUCAGCCAACAAACAGGAAAAGUUCACGUUAAUCUGUCAUCCAUGGAAAAAUCGAACACAAAAAAUCCAUGGUUUCAAUGACACUUGAAAUACAUAGAGUACUAAGUAUUACUUGCACGGAUAUAUGUCCUGCCUCUUUACAUUCCUUUAUUCUCCUAUAAUAGUUGUACAUCCUUUCGUUUCCCUGGCAACAUGGGUUUUUCUCAGAACUUGUUUUUGAUCAUCACAGCUUUAGUGGUCCUUGCCGAUGUUGCUACAGCCUGCUCCAAUGGACAAUGCAGGAUACUUGAUGAAUGCUCAUCGAACCAAGAUUGUCAAGCUGGGCUCUAUUGUUCCUCUUGCCUGGUAGGAUUUUCAGGUUCUAGAUGUGUAAGAUCAACCAUCACAAACCAAUUCAAGCUUCUGAACAAUUCUUUGCCUUUCAACAAAUAUGCAUUUUUGACGACCCACAAUGCAUAUGCUAUUGAUGGAUACCCUUCUCACACCGGAGUCCCUCGAAUCACAUUUACCAACCAAGAAGACAACAUCACAGAGCAGUUAAAUAAUGGAGCUCGAGCCUUGAUGCUUGAUACCUACGAUUUUCAAGGAGAUGUAUGGUUAUGUCAUUCAUUUAAAGGACAAUGUUAUGAUUAUACCGCAUUUGGUCCAGCAAUUGACACCCUAAAGGAAAUUGAAGCUUUCUUAUCAGCAAAUCCAACAGAAAUUGUUACAUUAAUCUUAGAAGAUUAUGUUCAAGCCCCAAAUGGACUGACCAAGGUCUUCACUGAUGCUGGGUUAAUGAAAUAUUGGUUUCCUGUGGCAAAAAUGCCUCAAAAUGGUCAAGAUUGGCCAUUAGUUAGUGACAUGGUCCAGAACAACCAAAGGCUACUUGUUUUCACUUCAAUUCAAUCCAAGGAAGCAAGUGAAGGCAUUGCUUACCAAUGGAAUUACAUGGUUGAAAAUCAAUAUGGGGAUGAUGGCAUGAAAGCAGGAAGCUGUGCUAACAGAGGAGAGUCACCUCCUCUUGAUGACAAGAGUAGAUCUUUAGUGUUGGUAAAUUACUUUAGAUCUAUCCCCAUGAAGGAACUUUCUUGUGAAGAUAACUCGGGGAAUCUCAUAAACAUCCUUCAUACUUGUGAUGGGGCUGCUGCCAGCAGAUGGGCAAAUUUUGUUGCUGUGGAUUAUUACAAGAGGAGUGAAGGAGGAGGAUCAUUUCAAGCCGUGGACCUGCUAAAUGGGAAGCUAUUGUGUGGGUGUGAUGAUAUCCAUGCAUGUGUGCCUGGAUCGACUUCAGGAGCCUGCACUCCCUAGUAGCAUCGACAGUCAUCCACAAUACAAUAGAUUAGGGAUUUGGGAGAUUUUUAUUUUGUAAUAAAAUUAAUCCAAUUGUACUUGAGAAAACGGUAAACAUUCUGUAGCUGCAGCGGUGAUCAAAGAAACUUACUCCAAGAAA